AUGAAUAAGGAAAAGAAGAGUAUCUUCCGAUUCGCUUCAGAUUCUUUCGCUCUUCACUUUUCCUCAACGUUAAGCACUGAUAAAAUCGCAAAAAUCUGUUACAAUCGAUUGACAGCACCCGAGUUCCGAGGUAAACUAAAAAAGGAAAUGUUGCCGAUGGCUAUGCAUCAAAAACAGGACCGAACGAAGCGGAAGCAAAAAUCAUCAACAGUAUUAAGAUCGAGUCGUCUGUCCUUGGAGCAUAUGUUUCCAGAGGAAGGCCUAAAACCAGGUCCUUAUUCGUUCGGUUCGUCCACGCUCUACGAGAAUGUCUCCGAUGUGGAAAGUGCUGCGCAACUGAAGAAGACAUCCUGUUCAGCUAUAAUGGUUUCAAAUCAGAAAAUAUCUCGAAUCAGCAGCCCAUCCCGAAACUUAAGCGUUACCAGGAAUCAUGUUCCUAUCAAUACUAUUCAUGAAAAAAAAUCGAUCGAUAUGAGGCCGUUGUCAGUUCCGCCAAAAGAAGCAAAACGAACUAGUCCAGUGCAGUCACGUUGUUAUCUGGCGCUUGGAAUUGCAACAAUAGUUGUAUGUGGGAUAGCAUUCACAGUAUGGCUCACGUACGAUUCGCUUGGGAAAUUUGUUUCUUCCUUGCUGAAUUAAAUUUAUUGGAAUUUUAAGAUUAACUUCUCGGAUUGUUUAAUUUUUUUAUAAAGUCAUAAUAGAGAACGUUACAAAUGGAAAGUGUCUUACCAAGCAAGCUAAGACAGUGCAAAAUAUUUUGGGAUGGACUUGUCGGCUUGCUUGUAAUUAAAGAUUUUUGAAUAUUCAUGGCAUAAGAUCACAUGAACUUGGAACUUGGACAAUGAAUGAAACAUUUGCAACAUUCACUUCAAUCAGUUCGGUGUUACAAUGUUUUGCCAAGGCUAAUAGAGCAAAAAUUCAAUCAUCGCUGGAAUUUUAUGACUUUUAAAUUCAAAAAAGAACUGUCGCUACAUUAUUCUUCAAUCAACUGCUCUACCAAAGGUUGGUUGACUAAAGCUUCUGCAAUGCUUCGGCAUAU